GAGUGCAGUGUGCUUGUCUAUCAGUGUGUGCUGUAUUAGUGAGUGCAGUGUGCUGUCCAUCAGUGUGUGUGCUGUAUUAGUGAGUGAAGGGAGCUCGCGGCCGCCAGAGGCUGUACUUUGGCUCUGCACUGGUUAAGUGGCUCUUUGCAGCCACACUGCCCCCGCGCGAGGACAAGCGGCGGGAAGCGGCCUCGCUGCCGACUCACUGACUGACUGCGAGCUCGAGCUGCGCUUCAGCUGGAAACCGCGUCCGAAAUACGAGCGCCGCUUUCUGAAGGGACGAUGUCGGCCAACUACCGGUGGGGAGGCCCCAGUGGCGGCGAGAGCCGCAUCUACGUUGGGAACCUGCCGACCGACGUGCGGAUCCGCGAUAUCGAGGAUAUCUUCUACAAAUACGGGAAAAUCCGAGACAUUGACCUGAAGAAUAAGCGCGGCUCCCCGCCUUUCGCCUUCGUGGAGUUCGAGGACCCGAGAGAUGCACAAGACGCAGUCUAUGGAAGAAAUGGUUAUGAUUAUGGAGUCUAUCGUUUACGGGUGGAGUUCCAGAGAGGCAGAGGAGUUGGCGGAGUCGGCGGUGGAUCUAGAGGAAGACCAGGACCAGCUGCUCGCAGAUCAGAUUUCAGGGUCAUUGUCUCUGGGCUACCUCCCUCCGGCAGCUGGCAGGAUUUGAAGGAUCACAUGCGAGAGGCCGGUGAUGUUUGCUAUGCAGAUGUUCUGGGAGAAGGUGCUGGAGUGGUGGAAUUCCUCCGCAAGGAGGACAUGGAUUAUGCAGUACGGAAGCUCGAUGAUACAAAAUUUCGUUCUCAUGAGGGAGAAACUGCUUACAUUAGAGUUCGUGCAGACAAGCCCAGAAGUUCUAGUUAUGGCAGGUCAAGAUCAAGGUCCCUUUCUAGAGGUCGUUAUUCUCCUUAUCAAAGCAGAAGCUCUCCUCGGUAUUCACCGAGACCCCAAUAUAGAUGAGGACUUGGUAGUCAGAAAUUUCUUUUUAAUCCACAUUCCAUCAUUGGCAGUUAGUUAUUUUCUUCAAUUCUAUAUUUCGUGAUAUGCUUUGAAUUAAAUAAACUUGUUUUUUUUCUUUUUUUAA